AUGAGUUCUCAAGGGCAUUAUGUUGUACAUCUGGAAUUGGGCCUUAGUAAUAGGAGCGAGUACAUCUCAGCUGAAACAAUAGUAUCUGCAUCUCUUAACGAGAUCGCCCCCGAACAAUAUUCUCCACCCAAACACACUGAGGCACUGAUGUUGAUAUUUACGCCAAAGUACCUUCUGCCAGUGACCAACUUUCACGUAUCGAACUUUCCCCGUUUUUAA